AUGGCGAACGCCAAGCCUCUCGCCGCGCCACUACUGGCCGUCGUCGUCCUCACCCUGCUGCUGCAGCUGGCCUCGGUCUCGUGCGCCCGCCACCACUCGCCGGCGGUGUCGGCGCACACCCCUGCCGUGAUGACGGUGAACGGGUUCGAGCGCGGGGGCAGCGGCGGCGGGGCGUCGGCCUGCGACGGCCACUUCCACAGCAACGGCGAGAGGAUCGUGGCGCUCUCCAGCGGGUGGCUCCGGCUGGACGGCACGCGGCGGUGCAACCGGAUGAUCCGCAUCACGAGCCGCGGCGGGCGGUCCGUGGUGGCCAAGGUCGUCGACGAGUGCGACUCCUCGCGCGGAUGCGACGACAACAUCGUCGACUCGUCGGCGGCCGUGUGGAAGGCGCUCGGGCUCGACACCGACGUCGGCAGGGUCCCCGUCACGUGGUCCGAUGCCUGA